UUUCAUUUCAUGCUCUUGUUCUCUCUCUCUCUCUCUCUUCGCGUCCAUUUCCAUAAUUCAGUCUCAUUCCCUUCCUUCCUAUAAGGCUAGAGCUUCCUAAUAAGUGCUUUCUGUUUAACUCCCUUUUCUGAUGCGCUGCAUAUAUAUAACAACCACACCCAACACCCUUCCCCCCAUUCCUAUUUUGCUGCUUUUUCAUCCUCAUAACCCACAUCUUCAGAAUAAAAAGGAAGAAAAACCUCUCCUAAUUUCAAUUUUUUUUCUCCCCUUUCAUAAGUUCAUCCGAUCUUCUGCUUCUUCUUCUUGAUUCUUCUUUGCUUUGAUCGAUUCAUAACAUUGCGCAUUAUCCCAUUCUGAAUUGUGACUUCCAACUCUCCCUCUCCCGCAAAAAAAAAGCGCCAUUGCAGGUCCGAUGGCGCAAUUGCCUCCCAAAAUCCCAACCAUGUUGCCCUCGUGGGCGGAUUUCUCGCCCGAACACAAAUUGCAUUCCCUCGCCGCCGCCAUUCCGCCUUCCUCCGCAGCAGCUCACAAUAGCAAUAAUAAUAAUAAUAAUAAUCCGUCCUGGGUUGACGAGUUUCUCGACUUCUCCUCCACCAGGCGCGGGACCCACCGCAGAUCCGUCAGCGAUUCCAUCGCUUUCCUCGAGGCGCCAAUGCUCGACGACUGCCGCGCCACCCCUCCCGCGCGCCAGGCUAACAGCAACAACCAGCAGCAGCAGCAGCAGCACGAUUUCGACAAAUUCGAUGACGAGCAGUUCAUGUCCAUGUUCUCCGACGACAUCUCCUCCAACCCGGUCCCCGGUCCCAACAACUCCUCCUCCAACCCUUCCACGCCCUCCGAUCACAACAGCUUCAACGACGAGAAGGAAGCCCUGCACCACAAUAAUAAUAAUUUCAUCCGCAGCGGCGAAGCGGACGAUGCUCAGAGCCCCUGCAAUUCGGAUUCCCAGCAAACCACCACAACCGGGGACCGUACGGUCGACCCCAAGAGGGUCAAGAGAAUUCUGGCGAACAGGCAAUCGGCGCAACGGUCACGGGUUAGGAAGCUGCAGUACAUAUCGGAGCUUGAACGGAGCGUCACUUCCUUACAGGCGGAAGUAUCAGUGUUGUCGCCUAGGGUUGCAUUUCUGGACCAUCAGAGAUUGCUUCUCAACGUGGACAACAGCGCUUUGAAGCAACGCAUUGCAGCUCUGGCUCAAGAUAAGAUCUUCAAAGAUGCUCAUCAAGAGGCACUGAAGAGGGAGAUAGAGAGGCUGAGGCAAGUUUACCACCAGCAGAACCUCAAGAAGAUGGAGAUCAGCAGCAACGACGACAACUCAGCAAGCCAGCAUCAUCAGAAUCAUAACAGUGAACAACCCAGCAAUAAUAAUAUUGCGGCGGCAGAGAAAGAGCAGCAGCUUCUUCAGGUUUAAACUGAUCUGCAUUUUGAUCCAAUACACAUGAUAAUUAAACGCAAGUUUGAUGAGGAGAUGGUGGGAAGGAAAGGGUGUUGGUUUGGUUCAUUUCACAUGCGUUAUCGUCGUGGCUGGCCGGCCAGUGGCUUUGGUGAUGGUGGAAGUAAGCUUAAUGAUUAGCUAGUUGACUCAUUCGGUAUUCGGAUUAAUUAGCUUCUGGGGAAGGGAACUAUCAUGACAGGGGGAAAAAAGAGAAAAAAAAAGGGAAAAUUUAUUCUUAUGGAGAAAAAAAAAAAUGCAGUCUUUGUCAGACUUCAUGUGCAGUCUUUUUAAUUAAUUAAUUAUAUAUUUUUUGUGUUGUAUGUAAUAGUAAGUAGAGUGGGAACUGGGAAGGGAAGGGAGGUGAAGGGAAAGGAAGACAGGGAAGGUGGUGGGAGCUGCUGCUGCUAAUGAUCGAUCUAUCUAUCUAUCUGUACAUUCACGUGAUAUGUUGUACAAGCAGCAAGAAUCAAAAUGGACCACUCCACUCCUCUCCUCUCUCUCAGAUUUACAUGUAUGAUUGGGAACCUCAGAACCCAACUACAUGUGCCUCCUCCUUCAUCACUUGCCUUCUUUUAUUUAACCAUUUUCUCCCCUGUUUUCUCUUCCUUUUUAGUUGUUUUUUUUUUCCUCUCCUUUUUAAAUUUAAAUGUACUUCAUUCAUUAAUUGUUUCCAGACCAGAAGGAGAAGAGGGUAGUAGUGUAGUAGUGGUGGGAUGUGGUAUUGUGGUUUACUGAUUUUUUUAUUUAAUGUUGCUGGUUCCUUUUUGGGUUUACUUUUUAGAGAAAGAAGAAGAGUAGGAAGUGGGUGUGAUUGAUUCUUUUCAUGAAAUGUAGUGGACAAGUGUUGUUUCUGUAUUGUAUUGUUGAGAUGGAUGGAUGUAUGGGUGUAUGAAAAGGGGCAAGAUGUUUGUCAGGGGAAUUCCCCUCAUUUGUUUUUGUUCCUUUGUUGCUGCUCCCUUUCAUCACCCCAUCCCCCUCUUCUCAUUGCUCGUCUCUCUUUCUCAUUCUUUGUGCCCUUGUUGUUUUUUUUUUCUUUG